CCCACCCCCUUAUCACUCUUUACACUAUACCGGGUCUUAUCUUAACUCACCCCGCCUAUCACCCCUCAACGCCAUCACGUUGCCCAACAACAUCUAAAGCAGUCGGACUCAACUUCCUUCAACCAACUGUGUGUGAAAAAAAAAUGGCUUCCUCGGGCCGUGGCCGCUUGGCAGGAAAAAAUGCCGUGAUCACUGGUGCUGCCGGAGGCAUCGGUCUUGAGACCAGCAUCCUGUUCGCCAAAGAAGGCGCCAAUGUGCUCAUGACGGAUAUUUCGCAGGAGGCACUGGAUAGGGCCCUCGCUAAGGUCAAGCAGCUGGUGCCCGACGCCGGCAGGGUUGAGACGCGGAUCUGCGACGUGUCCAAGGAAGCCGACGUGAAAGCGGCCGUCGAGUCGCUCGACUCGUGGGGUGGGCUGGACGUCAUCUUCAACAACGCGGGCAUCAUGCACGCGCGCGACGACGACGCGCUCAACACGCCCGAGGACAUCUGGGACCUGACGCACAACAUCAACGUCAAGGGCGUCUGGUACGGCUGCAAGCACGCGGUGCUCGCCCUGCGCCGCAACGGCAAGAAGCGCGGCAGCAUCAUCAACACGGCCUCGGUCGUGGCCCUCGUCGGGUCGGCAACCCCGCAGCUGGCGUACACGGCGAGCAAGGGCGCCGUGCUGGCGCUGACGAGGGAGCUGGCCAUCGUGCACGCCCGCGAGGGCUUCCGCUUCAACAGCCUGUGCCCGGCGCCGCUCAACACGCCGCUGCUGCAGGACUGGCUGGGCGACGACGCGGCCAAGCGCCACCGCCGCGAGGUGCACUUCCCCACCGGCCGCUUCGGCGAGGCCGUCGAGCAGGCCCAGGCCGUCGUCUUCCUCGCCAGCGACGAGAGCAGCUUCGUCAACGGCACCGACUUUGUCGUCGACGGCGGCAUGACCAAGGCAUACGUCACGCCCGAAGGCCCGGCCGCGCCCGCGCCGGCGAACAAUGCGCUGAAGGAUAGGCUCGAUUAGGGGGGCGAAAAAGGAGAUGGGACCUAAGUAUUAAGAAUCAAAGACCAAAAAAGAGCAGCCCCCCCCCCCUUUUAAAUGCUGCCGGCCGUGAUGGCAUUAUCACAUUAGAGAAAAAUCCGACCAGCCAUGGUUUAGAGAUAAAGAAUACCGGCCCCUACAGGCUCAGUUCACCAUGGAGGCUUCUCAGGUGCUUUAUUCCAGGUGAGGCAAGAAUUAAGGUACCUUUUGUAUGUAUGUAAUCCGUACUAUAGUAUGAAUGUAUGUAUGUACAGUACCUGAG